AGUUUUAGGUUUUAUUCUGUUGCAACUGGUACCUGAUUAAUUUGUAGAUAUAGUAACGUAGCAUUUAACAUCAUGCCUAUUUUAAGGAAAAAAUCUAACAAAAAAGUAAAUGCGGAAAAUGGCAACGACAAUUUGAUUGGAGAUAUAACCAUUGAUGACUUUGCAAAUUCAUCACGGACACACACAAGAUUUAAAAAGGCAGUGAUAAAUGUCUCCUCUGAAGUGAAGGAAGCAACAACAGAGAAAAAAACUUUCUGGAGCAAAAUGAAUGAAAGUUAUCAAGGUAAUCUGGGUGAUUUGAAUAAGUCGAAGAAAAAUACCAAAGGUGCAUUAACAAAUCAAAGAAGAAACAGAAAGACAAAUUCCUUUGAGAGUAUUACAGAAGAAGAAGAAGGUGUAGAUUAUCCAUUGGAUAUAUGGUUUAUUAUAUCUGAAUACAUUAGUCCAGAGGCUGUGGGAAAAUUUGCUCAAAUAUGUAGAAGUUCUUAUCAUGUGGUAACAACAGGAAAAUUUUGGUUUCAUUUGUACAAGACUUACUAUAGGUUUGUUCCUGGUUUACCAGAGCGUCUACAACCACAAUGUAUGGUUCGUACACACGGACUCCGUGCUUGUGUCAUCAGAACAUUACAUUACACUUAUUUUUCCUUGAAGAAAGAAGUUGAUAAUGUGUCCUAUUUAAGACAAGAUCAGCCACAUUCACUUGUUAAAAGACAGUGCUGUCUUAUGUGGCAUAAGGAAGGGAAAAAGCGAUGGUAUUUUUACUUCAAAUUAAAAGAGUUGCCAAAAGCUAACAAUAAUUCAUUAAAACUGAAAACGAAGAUCAAUGGUAAAAAGACAGAUUUUCUUGAAAUGUUAGAGGAUGUAGCUGUGAAUUUGGAAGAGGGCUGCAAGAUACUCAGGGUAACUUGUUUAAAAUAUAGUAUGUUGCCACCAGUAAUUGGCUUGAUUUUGCAAUCAGUAUCGAUGACUUUGAUGCCCGGUUUUAAGGAUCAUCGAUUACAACUCGGAUUUGGAACGUCAGAUGUCCCUAAUACAUUAACAAAUCAAGUUAUUUUAAAUGAUGUUGUUAGCUAUCAAAUUCUAGAUUGGUGGCAUCCAACUUAUCCCCACCAAGAUUCAAUAACUACUAUUGAAUUACCACAAAGUGAUUCUUGGGAUCAGAGCUUAUUAUAAGAAAAAUUCCAUAUUUCAUAAUCGAGCAGCUAGAUCAUAAGUAUGACUGUAAUAUAAAUACUUCUAUGUAAAUAAUACAUUAAAUGUCUGUUAAAUUUAAA